CCUCUUCCUCUGUCUCUGUCUGUCUCUCUCUCUCUCUCUCUCUCUCUCUCUCAAAUCACUUUUGUGAAAUGGAUCCAAAUCUCAGAGAUUUGUUUGUUAAAACCUUUCACCCUCACUCUCUCAUCGAUCCCUCGAAUUCCCAGUGGGCACGAAAUCGCACGCUCUAACUACCAUCCUCUGACUUUCCCCUCACCUCGCCCACCCACCCAAACAGCCUAAGCUUCUCUCCUCAAAUGCUCAUCAUCAUCAGCAUCAACCUCCGGCCCCCACCCUCUGAAAUUUUUGCAGCAAAAGCUCUCCCAAUUAAUGUAAGGAUGAAGCUUUCACCCUUUAAGGGUACCCCUUUAUCUCUCAGUAAAAGUUAAUCUCAUCCGUGUGGACCAUCUUCGCUCUUCCUCUGUAACACGAGAGAGAGAGAGAGAAGAGGGGGGGGGGGGGGGGAGAGAGAGAGAGAGAGAGAGAGCUCUUCGUAUAGUAGUUUGAUUCCUCCCUUCGACAUAAUCAUGACCCACCAUCAUCGCUCAUACUCCCAGAAAGUUUCUUCUUCCCUCGACCGCUUUUCCUAUUAUCUAUUCCUCUUUAAAGGCCCGCCAUACUCUUCAGUGUCUAGCAUGCCCCCGCCUAGUUCGUUCCUUGACCUCCCAUGGCGGAUACUCCUGACUCGGGGUCCGGGACUGGCUCCAAUCCCUUCUGCCACAGCCCCAAAUUCAACCACGGGCCGAAGACGCCAAACCUCCGGGCCGAGAUCGACACCUCACCGCCCUUCGGUUCGGUGAAGGAGGCCGUCACCCAUUUCGAGAGCAGCGGAGCUUGGAUUCACCUCCACAAGCUCGGGCUCGGACACCACUAUCUUCAGAAUAUUGGAGAUAUCGACAUAAAGAAGGUGGAGGAACAGACGCUUGAGUUAGAGAAAGAUCUGAUUGUGAAAGAAUUGGAGACACUUGAUGUCCUAGAAGAACUCGGGACGACUAAAAGGAUAGUGGAAGACCUCAAAUGGCAGCUCCAGAAGGAAGCCUUGAAAUGCAUGGCAGUCACAAACCCAAAUGAGCGGAUGGCAACUCCUGAUAUUGGUGAAGUGAAUAAGGAAAAUCGCGUGUAUCUUCUGAAUGGCGCUCAAGAUAAAUUAGCUGUGGGAAGCUCGAGCCCAUGUCCCAUGUCAUCUCCUGAUCUAAUCCUGAUGGAGCUGAAUCAGGCGAAAUUGAACCUUGGUAAGACAAUUAAUGAGCUCGGCUCCAUUCAAACCUCCGUUGAAUCUCUCAAUGUGAAGAUCAAAAAAGAGAAGGCCUUGCUAGAGAAAACUCGGGAGAGGAUGGCAUUGAAGUCCUCUACAGUACCGGAGUUGAAAGUGCAACAGAGGAAUCACUCACCAUAUGCCGAUAGUGAAGAUAGAAUCUUGGAGAGAUCUGCUGACGAUGCAAAGGAGGUCCGAGAAAUGAACUUCAGGUCCGAGCAAUUUGAGGAAGAAAUGCCUGUAGUACAACAGGCAAAUACGAAUGUCAUGAGGACUGCUGAGAUGAGGUUAGCUGCGGCAAAGAAGAUGGAAGAAGCAGCUAAGGCUGCUGAGGCCGUUGCUAUUGCCGAAAUCAAGGCUUUGUCGGGCAAUAAUGAGGACAUGUUAAGUUUUCUCUUGCCCGAGCCCAAUAUUUCAAUCAUCUCCAAAGCCAUAUCUCCCCUCAACUCAAAGGUUCCAAAAAUGCAGAAGAAGAACACCAGAGAGGCUCUUUUCCAAAUCGAUGAUGGGGUAAGUGUUUCUAGAGUGAGCAUCCUGAAGAAAUUAGAUGAUGCAGCAGAUGAACUCAAACUCAGCAAGCAAGCCUUGGAAGAGGCUCUGCAGAGACUUGAGAUUGCGAAUCACAAGCAACUCGCUGCUGGGGAGGCUCUAAGGAAAUGGGCUCCUGAGACCCGCACAAGAGGGGGAACCACCACAACACGGCUGACCCAUUCCACUCCUUCAGAUCAUCCGCUAAGCUCCCCACUUGUGAAUCUUCCCAAGCCAACUGUGGAAAAUGAGAGCGAGCCAAAGCCUGUCUUAAGGUCUACUGUUUCGAUGAGAGAUGUGCUCAGCAGGAAGCAGGUAGUCCUUCCUGAGGAUUACAUGCCCAGAAGACAAAACGAGGGCAGAAAGGUUGCGCUAAGUCAAAUGCUCAACGAACUCAGAGAGGAUAUAACAUUGCCGAGCAGGUCUGAGGGGAAUAAUCAGCAGAAACAGUACAUGACGCAGAGGAAGAAGUUUGGUUUCAUUCACAUAUCGCUACCAUUGUCGAAGCCUAGUCGAAAAAAUGCACAUAAUUCAGAUCUACGGUGAUAGUAUUAAAAGUUCCAUCGGCUAUUAUUGCUUUGUGUAUUCAGAUAGCUGUUUUUCUCUGUUUUUUGAUGGUGUGUUUGGUCAUGUUGUGCAUCCAUUCUUUCUUGUUCAUUUCCGAUGUUGAGGUAUGCUUCGAGUUUCCAUCCAGAGUGUAUAAGAAUUGCUGGCUAUAUUAUUACGAUGAGUGUGUGUGUGUGUGGGUGUUCAGUUAUCUGCGAACAGGACCGGGUAAGUAAUAAUGCUUUAUAUCAUUGUACUUCUCCU